AUGAAACUAGUGUUGUUUGUUGUUAUUUUAGUUGUUACCCCUUUUAAACCAUGUGAUAGUGCCAGAAUAUUGGGGGUUGUUUCUUUCCCUUCAUAUAGCCAUCAAGUUGUCUUCCAACCAGUAUGGAGGGAGUUGUCUUUGAGAGGUCACCAAGUCACCACCAUUAUUACGGACAGCAUUAAUGACACUAGCCUAACAAACUUGACUGAAAUUGUGAUCAAAGAAGCUUACACUUCGUUAAAAAAACAUAACCUGUUGGAUGCUGAUGCCACUCACGGAUUUAUUAAGAUGAUAGACACCAUGAUAAAUAUGGCGGAAGACCUUUUAAACGUACAGUACUCCCAUCCACAAGUCCAAAGGCUGAUCCACAACCGGAGUGAGCUAUUCGAUUUGGUUAUUUUCGAAGCCUUAUCACCAACUGUUGUCUACGCUUGGAGAUUCGAUUGCCCUGCCAUUGGUCUUUCCUCACUUGAUGCCGGAGAUCUUCUUCACAAUGUAAUGGGCAACCCAACCAACCCCAUCGCUAAUCCUGACCCACGUUUGAAAAUCCAAGAUGAUGACAAUUUAACCUUUAAGGAAAGACUGUACAGUGUUGUCACCAGUUGGUUCUCUUUAGUUGUUGGGGUCUUUAAAAUAACACCAAUGGUGGACAAAAUACAGCAAAAGUACUUCGGGGAAAGUGUACCACCGUUUUUUAAACUGAUUGAUAAGGUUGAGAUGAUAAUGAUUGCUACCAAUCCAAUAUUUCAUGCUACAAGGCCUUUGAAUCCUAAUACUAUUACUAUUGGAAGUGGCAUACAUAUUUUACCACCAAAACCAUUACCAAACGUAAGUAUUAACAAAGGAUCAAAAGAUUUCACUGGGUAA